CACUCUUCUUCUCUGCGCUCUCUCUCUCUCUCUCUCUCUCUUCUUGAGAAGUGAGAACUUUCUCCUCGAGAAGUGUUUGAAUUUGUAACAAAACAACAGCACAAACAAGAGUGACAACAUUGCUAAUCCCAAGGAUCUUUAUGUCUGCCAUCAUUUUUGCGUGUGUGGUAGAUACUAUUUGUUUUAAUCCCAUAAAAAAACAGGGAGGUUCUGAACGCACUUCUCUCUGGUGGUGGAACCGAAGCACCAUUCUGGGGAGUAGUUAUUGUUAGUGAUUACAGACUAUAUAGGAUUGGGGAACUAGCGCUUAACGAGAUUGCUAAGGUUAGUUACUGCUAUCAUUUCCCCUGUCACAGCAUCUUCAUUUGAUUGAUAUUUGAAGGAAUUUGAAAGCAUGAAAGAAAUUGAGAAGAGAAAAGCUUCAAGAAAUAGUCAGACAAAGGGUUCAAGAAAAACCGAAAGGAGAGAGAGUAAAUUGCAACAAGAUAAUUCUUCCAAAAAAAUGAGUGAAAAAAGAAUUGAAUCUAAGACACUCCAUGAUAGUAGACCAACUGCAAAUAAUACUAUAAGUGAUUCCAACACGGCCUCGGAGAAUUCAGAAACUUAUGAAAAUGUGGUUAUACAUUACCUGGACGAUGUGAACAGGUCUGAGGAGGCACUUGCCGAGAUGAAAGUCAAUGAAAUGGUUGCUAGUGAAAACAAAAAUGAAGUGGCUGAUGAUCAUUCUACUGAUUUGGAGAAAGAGCAAAAGGAAGGGAAUGACGAAGUAUCAGAUGCUGAGACAGUAAAGGAUUCAGUAUCUUCCCAAGGCGAUUCUUUGACAAAUGAGGAUGAGAGAACUGAAGUGGCUUCAAAAGAUCCUAAAAGUAAGGUUAGAGUGAGUCCUCCAGAAAACAACCGUGGUUCAAAGGAGAGAUCUGAUAAAAAAGCAAAUAAAUUGCAAUCAAAGGUAUCAAAUGGCAAUCAAAAGAAGCCUAUGAACUCAAAUAAAGGGACCUUCACCGUGGCAGACAAAAAUACUUCCUCAACCAAUUCUAAGACUGUAAAAGUUCCUGUAAAUGUUUUGUCGGACUCUUCUGAAGGUGUUGAUGAAAAACCUGUUCAAGAGAUCAAGGAACUUGAUAUUGUGGAUGGAUCCCCCAAUGGUGCUCAGAGCAUAGGAAUUGAAUAUGAAAGUCAUGAAACGGUUAAUGCUGAAGAAAAUGAUGAACGUGAGGAUGAGGCAAAUGUGGAAUUAAAAAUUGAAGAAAUGCAAUUACGAAUUGAAAAGCUGGAAGAGGAACUUAGAGAAGUUGCUGCUCUUGAAGUGUCACUUUAUUCUAUUGUACCAGAGCAUGGAAGCUCGGGACACAAGGUGCACACACCAGCUCGGCGCCUUUCUAGGCUCUAUAUACAUGCUUGUAAGCAUUGGACCCAGAAAAGGCGAGCCACAAUUGCCAAGAAUGCUGUUUCUGGCCUCAUUUUGGUUGCUAAGUCUUGUGGUAAUGAUGUUUCAAGGUUAACUUUCUGGUUGUCAAAUACCGUUGCGCUGAGAGAGAUAAUUUCACAAGCUUUUGGGAGUUCAUGUCAAGCUAGUCCCCUUAAAAGGUUGGCAGAGUCAAAUGGGAAGUAUACUGCACUGAAACGGAAAAGUAGCACAAAUGGUAAACCAGGAAGUGGUUUUAUGCCUCUCGUUGAAGAUUGGCAAGAGACAGGAACCUUUACCUUUGCUUUAGAAAGAGUAGAAUCAUGGAUCUUUUCUCGGAUAGUGGAGUCAGUGUGGUGGCAGGCUUUGACUCCCUAUAUGCAGUCUCCAGUUGGGAACUCUUCAAAUAAAUCUAUUGGGAAGCUGAUGGGACCUGCUCUGGGUGAUCACAAUCAAGGAAAUUUUUCCAUCAAUCUUUGGAGAAAUGCUUUCCAAGAUGCCUUUCAACGACUCUGUCCUGUUCGAGCAGGAGGACAUGAGUGUGGUUGUUUGCCCGUAUUGGCUAGAAUGGUCAUGGAACAAUGCAUAGCUAGACUAGACAUUGCUAUGUUCAAUGCUAUUCUUCGGGAGUCAGACCUUGAGAUCCCAACUGAUCCUAUAUCUGACCCUAUUGUUGAUUCAAAGGUUUUGCCAAUUCCAGCUGGGAAUUUAAGCUUUGGGUCUGGUGCACAGCUUAAAAACUCUGUUGGCAAUUGGUCUAGAUGGCUCACUGACAUGUUUGGCAUGGAUGUUGAAGAUUGUCCACAAGAAGAUCAGGAGGAGAACAGUGAGAAUGAUGAAAAGCAGGGUGGGGUUGGUGAACCUAAGUCUUUUGUUCUCCUAAACGACUUGAGUGACCUUCUGAUGCUGCCUAAAGACAUGCUUAUAGAUAGAAAAAUCAGACAAGAGGUGUGUCCUUCCAUCAGUCUGUCAUUGGUUAUACGGGUUCUCUGUAACUUCACUCCUGAUGAGUUCUGUCCAGACUUUGUUCCAGGAACUGUCUUGGAGGCCCUGAACGCAGAGACUAUUAUAGAGAGAAGAUUGUCAUCAGAGGCUGUAAGAAGCUUCCCCUAUGUAGCUGCUCCUGUUGUGUACAAGCCUCCCUCUUCUGGUAAUGUGGCUGAGAAAGUUGCAGAGGCUGGAGGAAAGUGUGAGUUGGGAAGAAAUGUAUCAGAUGUUCAGAGAAGAGGGUACACCAGUGAUGAAGAGCUAGAGGAACUUGAUUCCCCUCUUACAUCCAUCAUUGAUAAGCUUCCUUCAUCUCCACGAGUCACUCAUAAUGGAAAAGGUAAUCACAACCCCACCACAAAUGCUAGAUACCAGCUACUACGUGAAGUUUGGUCCAUGUGAGCCUUCUUGUAAGUUCCACACGUGUGGAUACCUACCAAGGAAAAAAUACCAUAGUGAACUCAGAAAAUUGAAAAGUGGAAUACUAAGAUAUAAGCCUGCAGUUUUACUUUUUGUACAUAAACACAAGUCAUUAUAGUGUAGCUUUAAAAGAAUUUCUUCUGCUCAGUGUUA